GUACAUGACAGAUAAGCUUGUUUGGGACAGCACUAGGUAUGGCGGUCGUCAAACUGUUCUUAGAAGUGACAGUUUUAAGCGCUAUUUCGGCGUAUGUUCUGGACAAUCGCAUUGUCUACCCUACACCACCGGGUUGUUCCUGGGAAGGAAAAGAAUACAAUCAUGGAGACGGAAUUAACCGCGAUAACUGUUCUAUGUGUGAAUGCCAUAUGGGACAAAUUGUAUGUAUGUAUCCUAACUGCCCUGUAUUCCAUCAUAACUGUGUUGACGUUGUCACUAUCAAAUGUGGAUGUCAUCAUUGUCCAAAUGGAUACAACUGCAAAUUCGGCAAUUUGACGCUCCAGUAUGGUACGGACUACAGACCGGAUGAGACAACAAUAUGCAGUUGCGUGGAAGGAGAAUACAAUGCAGUAUGUAGGCCGUUUGGUUGUGAAUACCAGGGGAAGAUGUAUUCAGAAGAGAUCUUCCAUCCAUCACCGUGUGUGACCUGUCGAUGUUAUCCACAUACCAAUGUUCAAAAUUGCUCCCUAAACGCAUGCAUCAACAAACCUCUCGUAUGUGUGGACGCUACAGUCGAGGCAGGAACCUGUUGUCACGUCUGUCCCAAUGGCCCAAACUGCUUUGCGGGAAACAGGAAAAUUCCUGCAGGUAUUGACUAUAACGAUGGUGGUCAAAUCUGUCGAUGCCCAGAACCUAACCAUGAGAUGCACUUCGGAAGUAGUGGCCCCCAGGCCAUUUGUAACCUUGUUGGUCCCAUGGCUCCACCAUCCUCUACUACACACCCCCUACAGGUGUUAUAACAAACCUGCCAGUGUCAAUCUGGCAAUUAUUUUCGUACAGUGGCUGAUUUGAGCAAUUUCAAUAUUUUGCAUUUUUGGAAGAAAACUCAGAUUUACAAAUACAUUGUAUUUAUUUGAAGAAAGAUGAGUAUAAUUUGUAUUCUGCAUUGUUUUGUUUUUGCCCUGUAGAUAACAAAACUAGCCCUAUAUGAAAACGAGGUCAUAUAUACUUUAGGAGC